CCUACCUUUAGCCUGGCCAACCCAACUUCUUGCCACCACGCGGCCGAAGUGGCCGCCGGCCUUCGCCAUGCCGAUGGGGGGGAUGGGCAUGGGCUCGAUGGGCCCUGUGCCGCCGGCAGAGAUGGAAAACUUGGCGGGCCCGCUGCACACGCGGCCCAGGCCGCCGCUGCAGCCAUCUCGAGACGAGCUGGACGCCCUGUCGUUGGCAGCCCACGCCCGGGUGAGAGCCAGGGAAGAUGCCAAGAUGUCCCAGCUGCAAGUGAUGGAGGCGCUGCGCAGUGUUAGCCAGGCGCAGGACGCUGCUGAGAAGGCCACUUUAUCCGCCCGGAAGGCCCAAGAGAUCCGCUCCAGCGUGCAAGAGGUCCGGAACGAAUCUGAUCGUGUCUACCUCGGCUUGGGCAUCCCCAAGAUUGGCAAAUUCUUUGAUGGCACGAAGAUGUGAGUCGGAG